UUGGAGUUUAAGAGCCGAGUUCAUUGUGAAUCGACAAUCAGAUCGUGCAGGACGUAACGUCAAAAAUUUCGUACUUUUUACUCGCACAUCAACCCCCGUCAUUUUUUUAUCUCAAUUUAAAAAUCGAAGGGCAAAAAAAUUUUUCCAAAAAUGCUUAAAAGGCUUAAUUAAUGACAAUCAUCAAGCAGGAAAUUAUUUUUAAAAAUCGAAGCGACUAUGUUGCAUUGAGAAAAUCGUAACCAAAAUAACGAAUAAUUUAUUUUAAAUUUCCACCAAGUGACGAAUUUUUUAACAAUAAAGAUGGAUUACUGGAUCGGAAAGAUUCUGCACUUUGUGUUCAUUGCCAACGUUUGCUCCCAACAAUUCUUCAACACUAUGCCACCGCCGGUGAACACAAACUUCACGUGCAGAGGACGUGACACUGGUUUUUACGCAGACGUCGAAACGAACUGCCGUGUUUAUCACACGUGCGACGAGAACGGUAACAAAUUUACAUAUUACUGUCCGGCCGAGACCGCAUUUCGUCAAGAAGCUCUUGUUUGCGAUCACGCACACCUCGUUGACUGUGCGAAUGGUCGUAGGCUUUCUCCAAUUGAUAAACAAGUAGAAAAGAAAGGAGGAGAAACGUCGCAAGGAUUCAGGGACACUGCAAGACGUUCCGAGACGUCGUUCUCGAGAGAUUCAACCGUCGAUGAAAACAAUAGAAAUGUUGAGCAACGCAUAGGCUCGCUCCAGCCUGGAAGAUCGAAUUCCGCUUACACCAGAUCGUUCCGAAUAACUCAAAAUCCACAGGCCCAGGUUGCCACACCACAAACUUCCAAGAAACAAAAGCCCACGUUCGUUCUAAGCUCGAGCGUUUUCUUGCGCGACGAAAUAAACGCACGGAACAACGCACCGGUGUUUCAAAACAAUCGUCUACCGACGAUCGAUAAUCAACGAAAUUUUAACUUUACGAUGCACUCGCUAGACGGCGCGACGGACCGGAAGGAAGAAAGGGGGGGAGACUCGCCGAGAAUUGCAGCAACCCCAACAACGACGUUGCUGCCACCUUUCGACCCAGAAUUUCAAGUCAAACAAUUUUUUAGUAACCCAAUGAUUUUCCGACCAUCGAAUUUCGACAGAGAAGUUCAACUGUCAAAUAAUUUUUCGUAUAAAUUCUCAACUUCAACGACGAAAAAACCGCCUGCCGCAGCAGCCUCUUCCCACUCGAAUAAUCGGUUCAACGGUCCUUCUGGUCGGCCUCAGAAUGACGAAAAAUUCACAGUCAACCAUGGGAACGAAAGACACAGUUCAAAGAGUUUAAUAAAUGGAGCUGAACUCGAGAAAAAAAUGAGUUCGAGCAAAGCUGCGAGUGAAUUUUCACCCGUAGACAAAUCGGUCAGAGGCAAGAAGUCGGAAACAGAAACGACCAAUAAUUUUCACGCCCGUUCGAUGAACAACGAAAAAACGCUCGAUCCAGAAACCCGAGCGAAAAGCCGCGAAGCCGGUAGUGAAUUUUCUGCGCCUGCGCAGAAGGAACAAACGUUUUCGAAAGACUGGGACAGAUUUAAUAAUAAAAAUGGAAAAGAUUCGAAGCCGUCGAUCCACGAGAGACCGCCGUUCUUCCACGACAAUUUUCCUUAUUCAGAAACUUUGAGGUCGAUGCAAGCCAUGGCCGAACAGUCGUCCAAUGACAGAAACAAUAAUUUUCCGUCGAGCACGACUUCUGCGCCACUAACGACCGCAGGAACCGAGUUCCCGGUACUUCCCUUUGCCGGCACUCUCUCCCCGUCCGGACCCAACGAAUUGGACGAAGAUCCGUAUUAUCCAAAACGAUCAACCACCACCGAAGUAUACUACAAACUCAAGAGUCUCCGCGGCGAUGAAAAAAAAUCCAUUAGAUUUUCGACCAAAAGACCGUGGCCAGGAAGUCUCAAUUUUGACAUACCGGAAGUGCUGCCUGAUUUGAAUACUCUCGAUGAUCUCGUCGACAGACGCAAAUUUUUCUUCAUUCCCAGGGUCAAAACUACUUAGCUUGUAGCUGCUUGCGCUAUUCAAUUUUAUACGUUUAUGCUUUUUUAUAGAGUUUUACUGUAAAUUUGAGAAAAUAACGAGAGUAUGGAGGAAAAAUGGAAAAUAAAAUUACAAGUUAAUGUGUUAUUUUUCUUCGUUUUUUUUUUUAUUUAUUUGUAACAAUUUCUGUCAGAUGAAAACUUUGUGCGUUA